CCCGGGGCUACACGGGCUGCCUGGGGCUGAGCGGGAGUGAGCGCGGCGGGGUCUGACCCGGCGGGACUCCGGGCAUCCGGGCCAGCUUCUCCUCGCUGCCGCCUCGGCCAGGCAGUCCGGCCCGGAGACACCUGUCACCGCCCCCUCUCCGUUCCCCAGCUAGGGGCUGGGAGGAAGGCUCCGGCCUAACCCCCGCGCGGCUCUGCUCGGCGGCGCAGCUCCGGGCAUCUCGGCGCCGGGCCCGCCCCCUAGGGCUGCGGCGCGCGGGGCGGGGGGGAGGGGGGGUGGGCUGCGCGGGGCGUGGCGGGCGGGCCUCGGCGCUCGGGCCCCCUCCCCCGCCCCCCUGACGUCAGCCCCCGGCAGCCGCGAGCUCCCUCACUUGGCUCUCGCCCUCCGGCCGGGAAGCAUGGGACGGUCCGGGCUCAUCUGCGCCUUCCUGCUCGCCGCCUACUGCUGCUGUCGCCGCGCCGCGGGUGUGCCCGGACAGGCCGAGCAGCCGGAGCCCGAGCUGGUGGAGGUGGAAGUGGGCCGCACAGCCCUUCUGAAGUGUGGCCCCUCCUACUCCCAGGGCAACUUCAGCCACGUGGACUGGUUUUCUGUCCACAAGGAGAAGCCAACACUCAUCUUUCGCGUGCGUCAGGGCCAGGGCCAGAGCGAACCUGGAGAGUACCAGCAUCGGCUCAGCCUCCAGGACAAAGGGACUACUCUGGCCCUGACAGGCAUCACCCCCCACGACGAGCGCAUCUUCCUGUGCCAGGGCAAGCGCCCUCGGUCCCAGGAGCACCGCAUCCAGCUCCGCGUCUACAAAGCUCCGGAGGAACCAAGCAUCCAGGUCAAUGCCUUGGGCAUUUCUGUGAACAGUGAGGAGCCUGAGGAGAUUGCCACCUGUAUGGGGAGGAACGGGUACCCCCUUCCUCAAGUCACCUGGUACAAGAAUGGCCAGUCCCUGAAGGAGGAGAAGAACCGGGUCCAUAUCCAGUCGUCUCAGAUCGUGGAGUCAAGUGGUCUGUACACCUUGCAGAGUGUUCUGAAGGCACAGCUGGCCAAGGAGGACAAAGAUGCCCAGUUUUACUGUGAGCUCAGCUACCGGCUGCCCAGUGGGAACCACAUGAAGGAAUCUAAGGAGGUCACUGUCCCUGUUUUCUACCCGGCAGAGAGAGUGUGGCUGGAAGUGGAGCCUGAGGGGUUGCUGAAGGAGGGGGACCACGUGGAAAUCAGGUGUUUGGCUGAUGGCAACCCUCCGCCCCACUUCAGCAUCAGCAAGCAGAACCUCGGCACCAGGGAGAUGGAGGAAGAGAGGACUGAUGACAACGGGGUCCUGGUCUUGGAGCCUGCCCAGAAGGAGCAUAGUGGCCUCUAUGAAUGUCAGGGCCUGGACUUGGAAACCAUGGCAUCGCUGCAGAGUGACCCACAGGAGCUGGUGGUGAACUAUGUGUCUGACGUCCGAGUGAGCCCCUCAGCCCCCGAGAGCCAGGAGGGCAGCAGCCUCACCCUAACCUGUGAGGCAGAGAGCAACCAGGACCUUGAGUUCCAAUGGCUGAGAGAAAAGACAGGCAAGGUGCUGGCCGAGGGGCCUGUGCUUCAAUUACACAACCUGAAGCGGGAGGCAGGGGGAGGCUACCGCUGCGUGGCAUCUGUGCCCAGCGUUCCCGGCCUGCACCGCACCCAGCUGGUCAACGUGGCCGUUUUUGGGCCCCCGUGGAUGGCACUGAGGGAGAGGAAGAUGUGGGUGAAGGAGAACGCGGUGCUGAAUCUGUCCUGCGAGGCAUCGGGGCACCCUCGGCCCAGCAUCAUCUGGAGCGUCGAUGGCACGGCAAGUGAACAAAACCAAGACCCUCAGAGUGUCCUAAGCGUCCUGAAUGUCCUUGUGACCCCGGAGCUGUUGCAGACAGGUGCUGAGUGCAUGGCCUCCAACUCCCUGGGCCGAAACAGCACCAUCAUUAUUCUGGAGCUGGACUCCAACAGAACCACUACGCUCAGCACCUCUACCGGCAGUCCCUAUGCCAGAGCCAACAGCACCUCCACAGAGAAAAAGCUGACAGAGCCUGAAAGCAAGGGUGUGGUCAUCGUGGCCGUGACCGUGUGCAUCCUGGUCUUGGCUGUGCUGGGUGCUGUCCUCUAUUUCUUCUACAAGAAGGGCAAGCUGCCGUGUGGACGGUCAGGCAAACAAGAGAUCACGCUGCCCCCGUCUCGUAAGAGCGAAUUUGUAGUUGAAGUUAAGUCAGAUAAGCUCCCAGAAGAGAUGGGCCUCCUUCAGGGCAGCAACGGUGACAAGAGGGCUCCAGGAGACCAGGGAGAGAAAUACAUCGAUCUGAGGCACUAGCCCAUUGAUCACACAGCACUCCCUCCCCUGCCUGGAACAUUUCCUGUUCCCUGCUCACCCUCCUCCCCAGCACUCAGGAUGGUCGCCAAAGCCUCUGAAGUGGACUACAGAGAAGAUCCCCCUCCAGCUCACCUUCAGACCCUGUUUAGGAGGGCACAUGGGCUAGGACCAGAGCUGUCCUGAGAAGGACCUCAUGUGGCCCUGGAGGGCCCCCCUUCAGGGACAUGUCCACCACUGUCUCAAUUUGUCUGUGAUGCUCAUGCCAAGGAGAGGGCCUCAGUAUCCCAGAGGCACAUAGGAGAGUUUCUUGCAGAACUUGUUUUCUUUUUACACAUAUUACGGAUGUAAAUACCUGCCUUCUGCCAGCAGCUGAAUUAGGCAGCCUAUUUAUCUUGAGCUGAUUUCCUGCUCCAGGGCUGGCUUCAUCAUUCAGCUGUAUCACUGAAGUAAGGAUGCAGGGAACCCAGGCCUCUCUCUGCUGAUGAAGUUCAUUGCUCACACUGGUUCUGGAGAGAUCCCAGCAGUAUCUAGAAGCAGCUGCCUGCCUGCCUCUGGAGUCCCUUUUGCAACACUCUUUCCUUUCUCUGGGCAGAAGCCAGGACCUGGUGUCGCUCCUUAAAAGAUAUUCUAGGUAUAUCUCAUUGUCCCUGCAGUGAGGAAGCUGGGCGCUGCUUUCCAGAGUUUAGGCUAUUGGGCCUGAGCCCCCUCUUUCAUCUGGCUCUCCCACCCUCUCAAGGAAUCACGUAAGACUGAAUGCUGGGGGCAGGGGUUGGAGAUGAAGUCCAGGCUGUCCUUUAUGAGGGUUAAGGCUAUAAAGUUAUAUUAGCACCAGACUUCCACAGACUGAGCUAAUGGGUCUAGACCUUAGCAGAAGGGCCCUAAUGGGAGAAUGGUACUUGGAGACGAGAAACGGGCCUGGCUAGAGCUUUGGGGCGUGUAUGUGUAUCUGUGUGAGUCUGUGCGUGCGCGUGUGUGUAUAUAUAUGGUUUUGUUAUGUUGUAAAUUUGCAAAUUGUUUCCUUUUUAUAUAUGUAUAUAUAUAUAUGAAAAAUAAAGCUUAAUGGUCCCAGAAA